AUGAACCAACUCAAUGGGAGCAUCAUAUGGCCAUCCAGAGAAAUUCAGCAGCUGAUAGAUGAGACCUAUGAACGGGAUAUGUGCUUAAACCAUUUCAGGAACUUUAUAGUUAAUGGAUCUGGAGGACGAAAUGUGACAAUCGAAGAGGAGGAUUUGGUCCCUGCAGCACUUGUCAAGUUUAAACCUAUUGAAACAGAUACUGUUGUUUUUACCGGCUUGAUGCUAAGGCUUCUGCUGCUCCUUCAGUUGACAACCUUCUAUGCUGGAAAAGUGAAUGUCUUUGAUGACAUCUCCCCAGAGAAGGCUCAAGCGAUAAUACUUUUGGCUGGAAAUGGGUGUGUCUCAUCUAAUAUGGCACAACCAAGACUUUGCAUUGAUCCACCUGCCUCCAAACUUGCAGCAGCUGAUGAAGCAUUGUCUGGCAGUACACCGCCUGCUAACAGUGAAGACAUCAAGGUAUCUAAUUCCCUUGGCUUCUCAACUAAUCUUGUUAGCAAAGUGGAGCCUCCAAUAAUGGUAACGUCUCUAGGAUCUAUAGCUGCAACUGCCAUAAUAUCAUCUGCUGUUCUACAGGCACGCAAAGCAUCCCUCGCUCGCUUUCUCGAGAAACGCAAAGAAAAGCAGAAGAAGAAAAUACAUCUAACAUUUGAAUUCACCAAGAGUUCAGGGGUUCCAUUGCUGUUAUCGAACAAGGAGUCCAUCCUCCCAGAUUUUGCGUCCUCUAAAUCUGAACAAUACCAAACACUCUCAAAGUUCAAGUCGGAUCCUCUUGUAUCUCCUGGAGACAUUACACAAUCUGCUGCAGUCAUAUUUGAUGCCACCCAGAAACGACAAUCAGGCAAUAUCCAGGUUUAA